AGUGCCCGCGGCGAGCGGCAGCCGCCACUCGCCUUCCUUAAGGCGGCAGGGAGCGGGGCGGGCAGGCUCGGCAGUAGCUGCCGGGGCGCUCAGCCCUUCCUCUCCUCUCGCCGUCGCGCUGCUGGAGGCUCAGGACUAUAAAUAGGCUCGGCAGGCACCUAGAGACACACGCACGCACCAGAGGAAAGUGCCGGUCGCCCCGCCGGACAGGCGCCCAGCCGCCAGCAGAGUUCUGAAGCCUCUGAAGUGGUAAUCCUGGAGCGCUGCUGGAUUGUGGAGUUCAGGAGUAAAACAGAUGUUUCAAUAGUUCUCAAGUUUCAGAGCGGAGAACCCGAUCUUUACCUUGAAGCUGCAUCAAAGCCAGAUUGCGAAUCCUGGGCUGUGGCACUGGGAGAGGCAAACUCGGAAGGUUUGCAGAAUAAAAUUCAGCAGCUCCGGAGGUUGAUCAUGGAAAUCAAAGAGGAGAGAUCAUCAGAUGAAGCACGACAGUUUGUCCCCUCAUCCCAAGUAGACAGUCUAGGAGAGCCACAGUUUACGAGUAUUCAGAGAAUUGCAAACGAGCCAAAGCUGGAGUUCAGUCUUGCAUGCAAGGAUCUAGUGGCUGCUACCCGUGAUCGGAAGCUGAAUACAUUCAUACAAGUCUCAGUGGUACAUCCAGCAGAGCACAUUUUGACGAGGUAUUCAAGCACUGAAAUCGUGGAGGGUACAAAAGAUCCACUGUUUUUGACUGGUGUGACAUUCCCACCGGAAUACCCUAUCUAUGAGGAGACUAAAAUAAAACUAACGGUCUACGAUGUCAAAGAUAAAUCUCAAGACACGGUCCGCACCAGUGUCCUACCUGAUCACAAGGAGCCGAGAGCAGAUGUUGGACGAAGCUUCCUGGGCUGUACAACUUUUAGAGUAGCAGACUUGGUAAAGUCAAAGGAGCAACAGUUGACCCUUACCCUCAGGACUUCUGAUGGUGGGAAGACAGUUGGUACCAUUGAAGUCAAUCUUGUGAAGAUGGGAGAGCUAGAGGAUGGUGAAACAGACCACAUCACAACAGAUGCCCAGGAUCAAAAGUGUGCAUUGGUUCGUGAAUGUACAGCCACUGAAGGCAUAAGUGGUAAAGACAACUUGCCUUCAUUAAGUGCAGUGUUAAAAAACCCAAUCUGUAAGUUAUAUAGAUUCCCUACUUCUGACAACAAGUGGAUGCGGAUCCGGGAACAGAUGGCUGAGACCACCCUCUCUUUCCAUGUUCCUAAAGAGCUCAUCAAUCUGCACAUAAAGGAGGAUAUGAGAAGGAAUCAAGAACUUAAAGAUUUGGGAGAACUUGCUCCUCACUGGGACAAUAUGCGCAAAAGUGUUAUUGCUCACUGUGAUCAGAUGCUGAGCAUGUACCAGGAUACUCUUGCAGAGCUUGGGAAGCACACAGGUUCUUCCUUCAAAUCAAGUUGUAGCAAAGGAGAAAAAACAUUAGAAUUCAUCCCAAUAAAUCUUCAUCUGCAAAGAAUGCAUGUGCAUAGUCCUCGAUUGAAAGAUGCUCUGUACGAUGUCAUCACCGUGGGAGCCCCGGCGGCGCAUUUCCAAGGAUUUAAGAAUGGUGGUCUCCGAAAACUGCUGAGUAAAUUUGAGGCAGAACGACGAAAUACCGGAUACCAGUGUAUUUACUAUUCACCUGAAAACACAGCCAAGGCGAAAGAAGUUCUCAGCAACAUUAAUCAUCUACAACCUCUCAUAUCAAGCCAUGCAGACCUGCUGCUUAAUUCUGCAAGCCAGCAUUCUCCAGACAGCUUGAAGAAUUCUUUAAAGAUGCUUUCAGAAAAAACAGAGUUAUUUGUGCAUGCAUUUAAGGAUCAGCUGGUCAGAAAUGCCCUUUUAGCACUAUACACAGCUCGGCCUGGCUGUGUCCUCAAGAAACCAGCUGUGCCUAGAAACAGUGCAGAAGAGGGGGGUGAUCUACAGCAUCAGGAUCAUCCUUCUCAGAUUAAAAGACAGGACUCUAUACCCCAUCAUUCUGAAUAUGAUGAAGAAGAGUGGGACAGGGUGUGGGCCAAUGUGGGAAAGAGUUUAAACUGUGUUAUUGCCAUGGUGGACAGAUUGCUUGAAAAAGACAACGUCAGCAACAUUAAAGAGGGCGAAAAUGAUCCUUCAGCAGCAGAUUGCAAGGUGUUGCAUACAGGUGGUGACUGGUAUGAGCAGCUUUAUCCCCUGGUGAUUACACUGAAGGACUGCAUGGGAGAAGUGGUGACCAGGGCAAAGCAAUCGAUGGCGUUCGUUCUGCUCCAGGAACUUGCCUGUGGUUUGCCACAGUGUUUGAUGCUGACCCUAAGAAGAGACAUCGUCUUUAGUCAAGCACUCGCUGGAUUGGUCUGUGGGUUUAUAAUCAAACUGCACACAGGUUUACAUGAUCAAGGAUUUUUACAACAGCUUCAUACUGUUGGAUUGCUUGUGCAAUAUGAAGGACUCCUUAGUACGUAUAGUGAAGAAGCAGGGAUGCUGGAAGACAUGGCUGUGGGAAUUUCAGAUUUGCAGAAAGUAAUGUUUAAAGUCAUCGAAGCCAAAUCAGAAGAUUUUUUGCCUAUCAUAACUGGAAGGCGUGAACAUUAUGUUAUAGAGGUCCAGCUUCCAGCAAAGAUGUUUGAAUUGCUGCCACAAGAGAUUAAAGAAGGAAAGCUACUUCGCAUGUAUCCAGUACUCUUUAAUGUUGGAAUCAAUGAACAGCAAACACUUGCAGAGAGGUUUGGAGAUACCACUUUGCAGGAAAACAUUAACCAGGAAAACUUAGAACUUCUAAAAGAGUAUUACAAGCUGUUUACGGAAAAAAUGCCUCCUGAUUGUCUACCACAUUUUCAAGAACAAAAUGAUUUAAAGGGAUUGCUAGAAAAUCUCCAUCAAAAUAUCCAGGCCAAAAAGAGAAAGAAUGUAGAAAUCAUGUGGCUGGCUGCGACGAUCUGCCGUAAGCUGAAUGGAGUCCGUUUCACCUGUUGCAAAAGUGCCAAAGACCGGACAUCCAUGUCAGUGACGCUGGAGCAGUGCUCCAUCUUGAGGGAUGAGCAUCAGCUUCACAAAGACUUCUUUAUUCGGGCGCUGGACUGUAUGAGAAGAGAAGGAUGCCGCAUAGAGAAUGUACUGAAGAAUGUCAAAUGCAGAAAGUAUGCAUUCAACAUGAUACAACUGAUGGCUUUCCCAAAGUACUACAGACCUCCAGAAGGGACGUAUGGAAAAGCUGACACCUAAGUUUAACAAAAGCGUGAUCAGGAACAUACAUCACGCUAAUUAGUGAAUAUAAAAAUCGCUGUUUAUGACUUAUUAAUUGGGAAUGUGUAACCAGUUGAGGUGUUAUUUUUAUCAGGUUUGAUCAUUAUACGUUAAAAUAACUUCAGUUAGUCAUUAUGAAAUAAAAUACCAUGAAAAAGCAGCGGACUGAAUAUUCUCAAAACCAAAUAUAUUCAACUUUUCUUUGUGAAGUUGAAGGUUAGUAUGACUCAUAAGCCAGCUAGAAUUAGUUACUUGGGUCAUUUGAUUGAAGAUUACAGAGGCAAAUGUCGUUUGCUAUAGGAACUGAGGUUAGCAAUCUGGAAGGUGGCAUACUGACUCCGAACCAAAACCUGAGAUUUGAUUUAAGGGGUCUCUUACUGCUGGAAAUAGUGUUUUCUGGAACCAGCAUAGCACCGAGGUCUUGAUCACUAAUGAUGAAAUCCUUCACAGAAGUGUUUACGAAAGAUUCUAAUGUUAAUGCCUGGGCUAAAUAUAAUUUAGGUAAUUACAUUGAGCUUCUUGACAUAAGCAUGGUAGCUUCUUAAUAUGUUUUUAGUAAUUACAGCCUGUAGUUUCAGUAAUUCCAUUCUGAUUCCGUGCAGUUCAUUUGGAUGUAUCAUUCUUGGCUUUCUGUACCACAGCCAAAUAACACUUAUUUCACUUUCUCAUAAAUCACAUUGAAAUCAGGGGGGUGAAUUCUUCAGUAAGGUGGCCUGAAUCUGACCUGUCCUGUUCACGUUUACUGUAAACCCUUAAAACUGAAUUUUCGUUAGAGGUAAGGAAAAUGAGUUAUAUAUACAGGAGACAAUGUAUCUUCAGUCUAUAAAAACAUGUAUGUUAUUACAGAGCCUGAGAGAAAGGUUAUAAUUAUGAGUAACCUGCUGUAUUAGGACUAGUUAGCCACUGCAGCUGAUUUAUAUCGACUUUGUAAUGCUGCAUGUAGACACUCUAGGAUGAAGAACUAUCAGCUUUCAAAAUGAAUGUUAAUGCUUCUGCCAGCUUGUGUUAGUCCUGAAAUUCGUCUUGCAAAGAACAUUUGUGUUUUCUAAUUGUGUCUAUUUAUUGCUGCCUUCUGCCUCCCAGAGAGAAAUACAAUUAAGCCCCCCAAGUAUUCACUGGUUACUGACCUUUAUGUAAUGCUUUCAGUUUGAGAAAAAAAAUAUCUGGAGCAGAAGUGUGAGAAUUUUAUUCGGAUGAAAUUGCACUGGGAAUGUGCGCAUCUGUAGGAAAUUGUAAUUACCAUGGAUAAAGAAGUUAAUGUUGUCUUACUGCUAUGGAAGUCAAAGAAAUCUCAAUGCACUGUGAGUUAUAAUUUGUUAUUUUUAAUCCAUUAAUGCCCAUUACGUGGGUAUAAAUCUGGAACUAUACCAGUGAAAAUUCAUAUUUAAGAGCCUGAUUCUGUGAAUUCUAAUUGGAUAAUUACAUGCAAAUGAUGUACAGCUAAAGCCAUCUUGUAUAUUUGCAAGAUCAGGCUUUGGGGCUUGUAGAACACCAGGAAGAGACCCUUGUUCCAAUAUUCAUUGACUUCAGUGAAGCCAGGAAUUCACCUAUACAAUAUAUUUACCUAACUAACUGGAAAUUUUUUCAAGGAAAAGUCACUUAAAUGGUAUUUUGGUGCAUUUGUUGAUUAUUAUAUAAUGUACUGUCAUGAAUUACUUCUUUGUUCUUCUGGAAUGUAUUGCUUCAACAGAUGUCGAAAGAGUUGUUGUUACAUCAUAGCUAAGCUCAGGCAGAUGAGAAUAUAAUGCCUUUCCUGUCGUAUACCAGUAGAAGUGGGCACUACUCACUGGGUGGGUGGGCAUGUUCAUAAAUUUGUGUUUGGGUCUUUGACUAUAACAUAGCUGAUCUGUACAAAAAUUUUUUGUGGAUUUAUGGAACAUAAAUCUUCCUAGGACAGUAAUGUUUUGCUCUGUUGAUGCACUAGCUCUCACUAUCUGCCAUAUUUGUUAUUAGCUUAAAAAUACCAAUAUGUGCAAUUUAGAACUAGCAGUAAAUUCCUUGUGCAUCUCUGAAAUAAUUCUAGAGAUGUACAAUGGAGAAUGCUGCCUUCCUACAGUAAUUCUGAAACAAGCUGUAAAAGCCUCUGUGGGGAUGGUAUUCACUGGUGAGUACUAUGGGUUCCUAUAAUUCUUCAUUUCAUGUCCCAUGGGCAUUCUGUCAAGUUCAAAAUAUCAAAUUCUGUAGAUUUUCUUCUUAUCAGGAAAAUAGCCUUUCAAGAUCUUGUCUCAGCAUUUUAAUCCCAUUUGGGUUCUAAAUUGCCAUUAACACUAUCAUGUUACUUUUAUAUUGAAGAUUUUUUUUUCCUAUAUUGAAGCCUUUUUUCUGGGGGCUGGUGGGGUGGAGAAAAGAAAAAAGUCAUUGGAUUCCUGUCCUUUUUGUUUUAACAGCCGUUCCCAUCAUGUCUUCUGAAACUAAAUAAUAUGGAAAAGAAACCAAACCCCAUAUCAGUGUGCUGCAGUGAAACUUCAUUGAGCUUGGGCCAUUACAGAAGAGUAGGCUGGGUUUUGAGCUGAAUAGGCUGAACUUUUUCAAGUCAGUUUUUUUAUUGGAACAUCUUUUUGUAGGUCAUGAGGCCCUUGUAUAACCAACUGAUGUGGUUCCAAGUCUCUUAGAAGAGCCUUGUUGCUCCUUCAGUACUGAAUCGGGCUCAAAUGUUCUCUGGUUUUUGGUCAUUGCCUGCUGUGGGCUUUUGGAGGCCAUACAAGCAAAGGCUGGGUCAUUAAAGCAGAAAACUGUAAUGGAUUCCAAAUAAGUGGGUUUUCUGGUUUGCUUUUUAUGAAGAAACAAAGAGGGUUUGCUGCAGGUUGAUGGUUACAUUACUAGGAGUACUCUUUGUGGAAGCUGCUUCAACCCCUGUGCAUUGUUUGAAUGCCUAACAGAGGAGUUAAAUCAUCUUUGAGGUCUUGCACAUAUCCUUGUAGUUCACUGUGAAUAUCAGAGGAGUAAAAUUAAGCAGGUGAAUUUUUAUGAGCAAGCUACACCAUUUGUUUUGCAAAAGGUUAAGGGAAGUAUUCUGGUUUUGGUGGCAGAUUCACAGAAGAUGUUCCAUAUCUGCUCUCUUAAAACUUUUCUAGGGUAUAAAAUAAUCUGCUUUGAGGGGAGAGCAGUUCUCAAGGGCUAGAUGAACCUUCGAAGAUACAUCUGGUAUCUAAGGCCAGAUCCUGCUUACUCGCAGAAGACAUUAUUUGUAGAAAUAAGGUCAUCAGGAUCUGCUUUGAGCAAUCCUGAAAUAAGGGCCUCUAGCUUUAAAUAGUUGUACGAUGCAUUACAGGCUUAUAUGGGGGUUUUGUACCACAGACUGGUGACUAAAUAGAGGUUAAAGUAGGGUUGGUUUUUUUUCAGAGUUGACUGUAGUACUGUUAUAUAGGCCUGACGUUAUUAAGUGGCCUUCUUUUAGGAAGUUUAAAAUAUGUUCUUGUUAAUGUUUAUUCUUUGGCUGUUAUGGAGCAAUUAGGAGACACAAGUUUUUAAUUAUGUUAUCUGAUUUUUGUCUAUGUGAAGCUGUGUAUUUUCAUGGAAUACUAGCAAUGUAUGUGUUAUAAAGAAGAAACAAUUUAGGAGGACAGCUGAAACAAAAUAUUAACUGAGGAAGAGCCUUAAUGAAGCCGUUUGCGACGUUAAUUUUUGUGCUGUCUGAAUUUUGGCAUUAGGUAAAUGAAAAAAGGAAAUUAACAAACACUUUCUGUGUCUAAAUCGAUCAGUCCUGAUGAAAAUUCACUUAUUUGUAGUGAAAUUAAUUGUAAUGGUAUUCUAAAUAAUUGCUAGUAAUUUAGGUGGAAAAAAGUGCAACAUAUCAUUUCGAAGCCCACUGUAUAAUAUGCCUAUUAACAGCUUCAGAAAAUAAGCUUAUUUUUAUUUCUAGUUUAAACACAAGUUCCAGGAAGUCCUAUGGGCCACUUAUAAAAAGCAGAAAACGCACUGAACAUCAACCGGUGUAGUAAAGAAAGAAAUAGCAUUAAAAACUAUGCAGCAAAAUUACUUGCAGAAUUAAUGUAUGUAAUCAGUUAACAACCUUAAAUGUGUAUUGUGUCAGUUAGCUAUGUUGUACACUUGAAACCAUUUAUAUCUAUAUUUAUGCUUUUUCUAAUUGUAAAGAAGUGAGCUGUACAGGCAAUGCCAUGAGACAUGAAUUUGCAUCUUGCUUUUCACUUUUUUGUAGCUUAAAAGCAGAUGUCUACAAUCAGAGUGCUUUAAAAUAAUUUAGUGUUCUUCACAACAAAACUAACCUUGUAAAUUGCAUGUUGGAAAAAAAAAAAUUUACACAGAUACCUUUUUAAAGCAAAAAAGAAAAAAAUCCCAGACUUCAGUCUCUGGAACAUUGCUUUUGUUUUCCCUUAGUCACGCAGCACAUUGACUACUGUGUUGCCAGAGCAUUCAGCUUACACUCUGCAGCACUCAAGCACUUAUUUAAUCUCUCUCUCAUAGCACCUACUGAAUAAGUAAUAUAGCAACAAUAAAUUUCAGCAUGAUACGCAUGAUGCAAGAUUAAAAACUUGCAUGUGCUCAAAUAAACAUGAAACUGAAUACUUCAGAAUGCAUAAACCAGAGGACUCUUCUGAGCCAAUAUGUUUUUAUUCCAAAGAGCUGAAACAUAAAGCAUGAGGUUUGUGUGCUGCCAGGGAGGAAGAGUUACAGUAGAAAUCUGGCUGUGAUAAUAGAGCGCCCUGGAUCUGUGUGGUUUGAAAUGCUGAGAUUUGGACUGUACUGCGCUUACUUAGAUCCCUAACUGUUGGCAGUGGUGUUUUGUACUCUUUCCAUGCAUGCAAAGUACUUCAAAAGUUUUCAGCACUUCUCUUUUGUUUAUGAAUGGUCUCACUUUAGAAUUUCUAAAAUCCCCGAUUACUUUGGUAUUUGUUUUCAUUUUGUAUAGCUAUACCUUAUAAUGUUCCUGUCUCAUGCUCUGGAGCACAUGGGGCUGUGUAUAAGUUAACAUCAAUAGCACUUCAGUCCAUAGUGUGUGUUUGUUCAGAGAAAUGACGCACAACUACAGCAAUUCAAUUCUUUUUAUAUUUCAGGAUUUAGCAUUUUUGUUUCAUUGUGUCUGUAAGCCAUGUCCAUUGUACACUGUGUGUAUAUUUUUAUUUAAAUAAAUGUGAUGUUUAUUUUUUAUGUUUCUGA